AGUAGCAAUUGUAGUCGUUAGAACACCUGAUAUGACAUGACAAAUCAAACAGCAUUCUGACAAAAACAUAAAACGAGCUUGUUUGUUUUAAAAGGCUUUUGUGGAAGUUUUCUCCCCAUACUGUAAGGAUGCAUGGCAGAGUGAAAAUUAAAUCUACAGCCCAACAGGAGGAGGAAAAAAGAAAAGAACGGGAGAAGAAACUGAAGAUAUAUGUGGCAGCACGUGAUGCCUGCUUUUCUAAGAGAAAGGAUGGUGUUUGGGAUGAUGAGGCCCUCCAGUUGACUCAGCAGCUUCUGUCAUCCAAUCCUGACUUUGCAACUCUGUGGAACUACAGAAGAGAAAUACUAAUGCAUCUGGAGACUGUGAAGGAUGAGGAUGAAGUGCAAAAGAUUUAUGAGGCUGAGCUGUUCUUUCUGGAGUCUUGUCUGAAAGUGAACCCAAAGUCUUAUGGCAGCUGGCACCAUCGUGGUUGGGUCUCAGCCCGUUUACCACGACCAGACUGGGCCAGAGAGCUGAGCCUCUGUGAUCGCUGCUUGUCCCUGGAUGACCGCAACUUUCAUUGCUGGGAUUAUCGCCGGAUGGUUGUGAAGAUGUCUGGUGUACCUGUGGAUAAGGAGUUAGAGUUUACUGAUCGUCUUAUUGGGUCCAACUUCUCUAACUACUCAAGCUGGCACUACCGCAGCACACUACUGCCACUUCUCCACCCGGAGUCUCCUGAACCCCCAUCACCAAGUCGGGAACCUCCCCAGUCCUCCCCUCCACCAUCUCCACAAACCCACUCUCAUCGAGUCUGUGAAGAACAACUACUCAAAGAAUAUGAGCUUGUGCAGAACGCUUUCUUUACUGAUCCUAAUGACCAGAGUGCAUGGUUUUACUACCGCUGGUUGCUAGGCAGAGCUGAACGUGAAGAGAUGAUAAGCUGUGUUUAUGUCAGUCGUGAUGAGGAGAGAGUGGCUGUUGCCUUUUCCAGACCUGUCAAUGCACAGUCUGUCGGCCUGCUGCUGGUGCUCGAUGGUCAGCCCCAGAGAGUGGAGUGGAGGAGUGUCCACCCGCGUUUCAAACACAGCCCUGUCUGGAUCUGUGAUCUCCCUCCGGGAACAAUAAGUGACAUCACAAAUGAACAUAAUUUAACUGUGCACUGGACUGAAAAGCCCACUCACAGAGACUGCGCCCUGUACACAGGUCGAAAUGAAAGUUGGUGUCGGGACUCUGCUACCGAUCAGGAACUUUUCAGGAGUGAGCUGUCUGUAGAGAAGACCUCUGUGUUGCAGUCAGAGCUGCAAUCGUGUAACCAGCUACAAGAACUGGAGCCACUCAAUAAGUGGUGCUUAUUGACCAUUAUCCUCCUGAUGAGGGCGCUAGACCCCCUGGGAUAUGAGAAGGAGACGCUGGCUCAUUUCCAAACACUUAAAGAAGUGGACUCCAUGCGCUCAGCCUAUUACAGCGACCUGUGCAGCAAGUUUAUGAUUGAAAACACCAUUCUGAAAAUGGAGUAUGCUGAAGUGCGUGUCUUCAGUAUUUCAGACAAGAACUUGACCACAUUAUGCCAUCUGGAUCAGCUGUUAUUAGUUACCCAUAUCAAUCUGUCCUCCAAUCAGCUGCAGCGGCUACCUCCUCAGUUCGCUAUGUUGCAGUGCCUGGAGGUUUUGGAGGCUGACAAUAAUUCCAUAGAAAGCCUGGAGGGAGUGUAUCACCUUCCCAAACUAGAGGAAAUCCUCUUGAGGAAUAACAAAAUAUCUACAUUGGCAGACCUUCAGCCACUUGCCUCCUGCCCCAAGCUGAAGCGCCUUGAUCUCCGUGGCAACCCCAUCACUCAGACCUCCAGCAUUGAGUCGCAGUUGGCCGAGCUCCUGCCCUCAGUCACAGAACUCCUGCUCUGAUCAGACAGGGGGCAGGAAUCACUGCCGUCAUCGUCCUAGCGUUUGAUAGUCCUUCACAUUCUUGGGUGUGUUUGUUUGAAACAAAGCAAGCGUCCUGUGACUCUUUGUUCCACUUGUUUGCGAGAUUGUCAAUCACACCUAUUCCUGAGCAUCUGAAAAGCUGAUGCUUCAAAACAAGUCACAGCCCUUUCUAACAGUUUUGAAACCAGUCUACAUCCGUCUGUGUGAAUGUGUAAUAAUCAAUGUUGCAUUUGUUUAAUUGUGUGUAUGGAUGUUCCUAAUGCAAAUCACCCUAAUGCAUGCUAACAUACUGUUAAAGGAGUAAAUUGACUGCACAUGGAUUGGCGUGAAGAAAUGCUGGCUUAUUGCAUCUAUGAGCUUUGAAGUGGUCAGAUUUCAGGAAGAGCUAACUUAAUUGAUCAUUCAGGCAUUGCAUAUUUCUCAUAUACAUUUUUUUUUAAACAAAAAGGUUAUGUAAAGCAUUUAAUAUAUGACACUAUACUGUUGCACAGUAAGUCACAAAACCAGUAAUAAAACAGCACACAUUGUGUCACUGCCUUCCAGUAAA